AUGGAGCUUCUAGAGAGAAGGCUGCCUAUAGCUUUCUUCCUUCUUCUGCCUCUUCUGUCUGUCAGCUGUGUCUCCAAUCAAAAAACUACUGUUUCCUGGUGUGUAUUGUCUGAUGCUGAAGAGCAAAAGUGUCUGCAUUUGGCCGGGAACGCCACAGCUCGGAAUAUUAGAGGAACGUUGCAAUGCGUCCGUGGCCUGAACAUCAGAGACUGUAUGGACAAAAUCAAGAAUGGGACAGCAGAUGCAGCCUCCAUGUUUGCAGAUGACAUUUAUGCUGCUGGCCUCUGCCAUGGCCUGGAGCUGGCUGCAGGAGAGUCCCACAAUGGAGUAGAUGGUAUUAGCUACUAUGUAGUGGCAAUGGCUCGUCGCUCCUCCUCAGACCUGUCCCUGCUGGAGAUGCACGAGCGCAGCUCCUGUCACCCCGGCAUUCGAACCACAAUCGGAUGGACUGUUCCUAUUGGCUACCUGGUCAACACCUCCCAGAUCAGCGUAGGGGAGCAGUGCAACUUCCCUAGAGCGGUCGGAAACUUCUUUGGUUACAGCUGUGUACCGGGUGUCAAGGACCCCCAGCAUGACCCCAGAGGCAACAAUCCCAAGAACCUGUGUGAGGCCUGCAUAGGCGACGAGAACGACAGACAUAUCUGUGCCAACAACCACAGAGAGAGGCACUAUGGAGAGGCAGGCGCACUGAGAUGUGUGGCUGAAAACCUCGGCGACGUGGCUUUUGUUAAACACACAACAGUCUUUGACAAUUUGGAUGGUAAGAACCAGGAGUCCUGGGCCCUGGAUCUGGAACUGGAGGACUUGAAGCUGCUGUGUCCAGAUGGGACUGAGGCGGGCUUGGAUGAGUAUGAAAAAUGCCACCUGGCAGCUGUCCCUACUAACGCAGUGGUGGUGCGUAUGGAGGACAAGUGCCGCGUCUGGAAGUUCCUGGAACGUUUACAGAAUGCGUUUGGCAACGCCACCGAGGGCUUCAGCCUGUUCAGCUCAGCAGGCUAUGGUGAAUCCGAUCUGCUCUUCAGUGAUGCUACCCACCACCUGCAGAGGGUUCUGGGUAGCUACACCUCUUGGCUGGGCCCCACUUACACCACCAUGCUGCAAGCCUUCGAGUGUGAGGGCUUCUGCUGAUGGAACAGGAGGAAGACAUCCAGUGCAUCAACUUCCACCCCAUCCCUCUGUCUGCAUCCUCCCGUUCUGC